GCGUUUAACAUUCAAAACGUUCGAUUCUGAACAAGGCGUCGCUUGAUUUUUGUCGACGGCAUCAGCUAAAUAAACACUGCAUGUAGCUGUUAAAAUAUUGUUAAAUUACACAAAAUAUUAAUAUGCCGCCACAACGCGAGCCAAUUAGUGUGCGCACGACGCGACUCAAUAAUUUAAUAUUAGGUAAAGGAGUUGGCGCCGUGCAAAAACCUUUGACAAGCGCAUCAAGACGCAGCGUUGUGCCUCUAAAUACUGCAAGUGCAGCUGUCGCAGAAGCCAUUUGUCGAGAGGGUUUGCUGGACGCAUUCUGCCUGCUGUACAAUGAGUGCGACAAAGAGACCCUUAAGAAACGCGACCGCAACAUAGCGGAAUUUGUAAAUAAAUUUCGUCCGAUCAUUGAGGAAACGCGCCAACUGCGCGUAAACGCAGAUGAUUUUGUUAUUAAGGCCCUCAUUGGCAAAGGCUAUUUCGGCAAUGUCCAUUUGGUGGUCGAGCGCCAAACAUCCGAUGUUUACGCCAUGAAGAAGAUCAAGAAAUCGAUGGUGACCACAUCGCAAGUGGAACGCGACAUAAUGUCCCAGCGUAAUUCUGAGUGGCUGACCAAUUUACAGUAUGCCUUCCAGGACAAUGACAAUUUGUAUUUGGUCAUGGAAUAUCUGCCAGGAGGUGACCUACUCAGUCUAAUGUCCCGUCACGGACCUUUUGACGAGGAUAUGGCCCGCUUUUAUUUAGCCGAGCUAACACUGGCUCUCCAUACGCUGCACACCAUGGGCUAUGUUCAUCGAGAUAUCAAACCGGAAAACAUUUUGAUCGAUCGCUUUGGCCACAUCAAAUUGGCAGACUUUGGCAAUGCUGCUGCCUUGGACCGAGAUGGACAUGUUUUGAGUCUUUCACCAGUUGGCACACCAGACUAUAUAGCUCCAGAGCUCUUACAAACUAUAUCAACCUAUAAGCUAUCAAAAUCUAUGCAUGACGUAAGCUGCGAUUAUUGGUCCAUGGGCAUAAUUGGCUACGAGCUGAUAUGUGAGAUUACGCCCUUCCACGAGGAUAACGUCCACGAGACCUAUUCGAAAAUACUUUCGCACUGCGAGGAUAGCCGUUUGAAGAAAAUAGUUAGUUUUCCCAGCGAUCUGAAAAUUUCUAGCAAUUUGAAACAUUUGAUCGGUUCGUUGGUCACGAAUCCAACGAACCGGCUUUCGUAUGAUCAGAUCGUAAAGCAUCCAUUCUUCGAAAGCAUCCAGUGGAGCACAGUCCGUUCGCAGGUGCCGCCCAUUAUACCCACCAUCAAGUCGGAUGAUGAUAUCUCCAACUUUGAGGACGGAAUACGGCAUAAAGCGCGCCGUGAACCGCAGGCGAAAAAGUCACUGACUUCGAACAUGAAGUCGAACGAUUUUAGCGGCAAGGAUUUGCCUUUUAUUGGCUACAGUUUCGUUCAUUUGGAAAAUGAUUACAGUGCAGCCGAUGGUUCGGAUACAGCACGUACAACUAAGCUGCAGGAAAAGCUGCGAACUCUGCAGCAAAAGUUGAAAUCACGCGAAGGGGAGAUCCUAAAGCUAAGACAGGAGCUGGUUAAAGCACAACAAACUGUUAAGCAGAGUGACGGGUCAUCUCAAGUGGUGCUUGAAGCUAAAAUGGAAAUCACAAAACUCCAAGAUAUUAUUAAGGAGAAGACUAUGGAGCUGGCCAGCUGCAAGACUCAAAUCAAAACGUUGCAGAGCUCAGCGAAAAUUGACGAAGAAAUGUGGUCGAAGAAAGAAGCCACAAUCACGGAUUUAUUGCGCCUGAAUCGCCAGAAGUACGAGGAGGCGAAAAUUGCAUCCGAACAAAGAUAUGAAAAGCAGCUGGCGGAGAAGAAACAAGAGCUGGCCUGCACGGUGCAAAAGCUGGAUGCGCGUGAGCUCGAAUUUCAUGCCAAAACUGACGAAUGUAAACAUCUUCAAGACAAGCUGGAGAACUACAAGGAAAUGCUGAAGCAGCUGAAGGAACAGAGCGUUAAAGCCGACACCAAUCACGAGAAGCAGAGACAACAGCUAACAGAUAGCUAUGAGCAAAAGCUUUCAGAGCUGCGACAGAAACUGCGCGAAUCGCAGGACACCCACCGUCGCAUGACCUUCGAGCUGCAGAAUAUACGCACGGAGCUGGACGAGUCAAUUAGCUCGGGUAAAUCAAACCAAGAAGCUAAAAAUGCGACAGAGCGUAGCAUCGAGGACAUACUCCAGAGACUCAAUUGCGAGAUAAGCGCAAACAACGAGCUGCGUGCAGCCAAGGCUUCUCUAGAGACGCAGCUUAGUCUCACCAAAAAAGAAUUGGCUGAAGUACAGACGGAAUGCAACCGUUUGGAGCGAGAGCUACAGCUUGCUGAAUGCCGUGGAAACUUGGCAGAAACAUCGCUUGCGUCUCAGACCUCGCCUUACGAAACAGCGCCAGGUUCGCUGACGGAGUUGCAUGCCAUUGAGGAUCAACUACGCGCCGAUUUGGUGGCUGCAAAGGAUGCGGAGUCGGCGCAAAAGACUCGCGCAGAUCAGCUGCAGGAGCUGGUUUCUAAGCUGGAGAGAAUGCUCGAACGUUUCAAUGAGCAAAGUUUGUCCCCCAUGAAGGGUCAUUCGGGGGGUGCUGGUAACAGUGCUGUGGGUGAUAUGCUCGAGCGGCAGAAUGAGAAACUAGAGGAUAAACUGGCUGCAGUACGAGAGCAAAUGAUUGUAGAGCGUCAAGCGGCACGAACCGCUAACUUAUCACUCUGGAAGGUGGAGAAACAACUGGAGGAGGCGCUCGCCGAGAAGAAGCUGUUGGCGCGACGCAUGGAAUUGACGGAAGAGCGCGUCAAGAAGGCGCAGAACGAACGUGACGAGGCACAACGUAAACAGAAAUCCACGCAGGAUGAGUUCCGUCAGCGCGAUGCACGCAUUGAUGAACUGAAAGCUGAGCUGGCAGCCAGCAAGCGAGAUGUACUGAAGGAGCAUCGCAUGUGGGAGAAAGCCGAGGAGGAGCGCAUGAAGUGCAAAUCCGAAAUAAUCGAGCACUUGGCAAACAUCCACAGGCUGGAGCAGCAGGUCCGAGAGGUGCGUCAAAAGCUGAAUCAGUCCCAGCAACGUUGCGAUGGGCUGGGUCUGGAACAGAAGCGUCUACAGCGCGAGCUACAAGAGGAACGAGAGCGCAAUGCGGCAGCUGGCGAAAACACUCAGGCCUUGCAAGCGGAGUUGAAGCAACUGACGGAUAAUUUCCAGCGCCUAAAAUACGCAUGUAGCAUAACUGACAAUCAGCUGACGGAGGUGGAGAAUAUGCUGGAGGCGGAGCAGAAGCGAAACAAGACACAGCAAGCCCAGCUGGAUGCUUGCCAUGUAAAGCUACGGGAGCGCAACGAUCAGGUCACCCAGCUGCGCAAGGAUCUGAAUGUGCAGGAGUCUGAGAAGCGGCAAGCUGAGCAACAUGCGAAAAUACUGAGCGUAGAAUUGGAGGAGCUCAAGGAGAACUUGAAGCAGUUGCAGAUGAAGUUAAUAUCACAGCAGAGUCAGCUGGUGGAGCAAACGAAUGCUCUGUUCGGCGCCCAGGAGCGGGCGGAUCAGCUGGAUGUGCAGAGCGCCAGUUGCCAGGCGCAGAAUGCAGACUACGAGCGGGAGCUGCUUUGCCUGAAGGAGGAGAAUGCUCGCAUUCUCAGUGAGCUAUUCCACAGCAAGGAGGAGGUGCUGCAUUUGCAUGACGAGGUCAAGAAUCUGCAGACAGUGCAAACAGGACUUCACACCGAGAUCGAUGAACUGCAGAAUGCGCUGACCGAAAAGGAACAGUUCUAUGUACAGCGGGACAUCAAGGCAAUGGCUACGCUCGCUCAGCAUAAGAAACUCAUCGACUAUUUACAGCUUAAGGUGGAGGAUUUGUCUGCGAAGAAGAAGAAAACACUUGCAGACAAAAUCUUUGGAUCCAACAGCAAUACCAAGGAGAACAUAUCGCCUAAUGAUGUGGAGUCAUCAAUACUAUAUCGUGCUCUGAAAGAGGAAUUGCGCCGGGAACAAAAGCAUUCCAAGAUGCUGCAGGAUCAGUUGGAUCAAUUAAAUGGCACUGCAACUUUACGUUCCCCACGUAAGUCAACCGUUGCCAAUGGAGCUGCAGAAGAGCCCAAGCUGAGACCCGCUAGCAUCGCCACAGUUCCCCGAUCUCCACGCAAGCAGCCGACGACAAUAAAACGCUCGGCAAGUCAAACGGAAACCAAAGCAAAUUCGAAAUCACCAGAAAAGCAGGAGGGCAAAGGCGAAGUAACGCAUCAUCGUUUCGAGUUGGCUUUGCAAGAAUCGAAGGUCGAUGCUGCCAACUGUGUGGCCUGUGAUCAACCAAUUAUAGCCGGCUCGCCUUAUUGGCGCUGCAAGGAAUGCAAGGAUGUAUCGCACCGCAAAUGUCGGGCUAAUGUGACUAGCAGCUGUGGCAGCUCAGUUGUGUCGUCUUGCGAUGAGGUUAGCGAAACUCGACCAGAGUCCAGCUGCAGCAGCAGUCUGGACACAAUGGAAAGCGAGACUAACUGCACUGAUGAGUACAAGGGCACACUGGCCUACAAUGGCUCACAGAACAGCCACAACGGCGAGGUCAUUGAGAUCAAUUGCGCAUUCGAAAUAGUGGAGCAGAAAAUCUUGCUAUUUGGCUGCAACAGCGGCUUGUUCACCUACAAUGUGGAUGGACAGCGCUUGCUGCAUAUUGCUGGCAUCGAGUCGGUCAGCUGCGUGUCCGUAUCGACACGUCUGGCCAAGGCUAUGAUGGUGGGUGCCAAUGGCGAGAAGCUCUACCAGUGUGACUAUCGGCAGCUGGAGUCACGUUGCCAGAGCACGAUCCCCUGCAACAAGCCUGUGCUGGAGACGUCGGUCAUUGAAUUGCCCUUUGCCAAUCGUUCGGUGAGCGAGAAGUGGAAACUUGUGCAGAUCUCAAACGAAUCUGAGAAUGCUCUCGACUCGGUGGCCAUUGCGGCAACUUCGACACGCAUUGUCAUACUCAAAUACGAUCAUAAGCUGCAUAAGUUCAAGCCAGUUCGUGCAUUGGACACUGCCACGCCCGUAACAUCGAUUUUCUAUACACGCCACUCGGCCAUCGUCAGCUCGGAUAAGUUUUAUGAAAUCGAUCUAGAUAACUAUGCGGCCGAAGAGUUUGUCGAUCUGGCAGAUAAGACGCUGCAGCACACAUCCAACUGUCAGCCCUUCGUAGCUGUGCGUAUCUCUCGUCAGGAGUUCCUGCUCUGCUUUGCCGAAUGCGGCAUCUUUGUCGAUGAAUUUGGUUGUCGUUCGCGUCCCUAUGAUUUGAGUUGGGUCUACGCGCCAACUGGCUUCUUAUACCGCGAGCCAUUCCUUUACGUGGCGCACUAUCAGUACGUGCAGAUAAUGCGCAUACAUCGCUCCUACAGCAAAGAGAUGACCAAUGCGGAAAACGGAGACUCAUCAGAAAUACAACGCGCUUACUUGCCCCAUUACAUGCCUACUCUGCUGACUUCCAGUGGAGAGCGAAAUAUUUAUACUCUGUCUAUAGAUAAGCAAGCGGGCUAUCAGCAGGUAUAUCACCUGGAUGCAUUGCGUGCCUUCAAAAAGAAACUCAACGUGUCCAUGGAGACAAUAUCCUCGGUGGCAACAUCAAUAACGCUUGGCUCGGCGAUGACAACGGAUAGUCUAUAAGGCGUACUUAACCAAUAAUAUCUCUGCCUGUAAAUACAUACAUGCGUAUGUAUAUAGUAUUUAACACAAAUUUAUCAUCAGUCACAAAUCACUUUUUAUAUUAUAUUUUAUUUGAAUAUUUUAACUAUGUUUAUUUGCGAUUCCAGCGAGAAUAAAGCAUUUCAAUACAUUUAGCGCCAA